GCGGACACUCAUACCGUGGAUCGAAGAAGCUCCAUGGGUCUAAUUGUAGGCCCAGAACCUCCCACAGUCGGAAUGGCCACACACGAGAAUCGUUGGGACUCGGCCAGUUGUUCUUUUCGACGGGAACAACCAAAAAUUAGCAAAUCGGCCACCGAACUGGCGGUCGAGGAGCAUUUCGAAAAAUCCCUGGCCGCGUUCAAUGCAUCCAACCGAAGCAAACAAGUAUUGCUAUCCGAAGGGAAUAAGGCCAACUCUAGUGGGAACAUGAUACGAUCGCCGAAUACCAUGUCAGUGUUCGGUCGAAGCACAGGAACUACCACCUCGUCCAGUAUCAACUCAGGUUGUUCGGCCUCGUUCGACCUAUCCUCGAUCACAUCGCACAAUGUUCGUUCUAACAUGCCUUGCUUGGUGCGUCAAUGUGCUCAAGAUCAUACCAGUCCACAAACGGGAUCCAUAUAUACUUCCACAAUCGAAUCCCCAUCCUAUACCGCACGGACACCAAUUAAUCCAGGUCUGGGGGAUGGUCAGUCCAGUGAAUCCAUCUCUUCCAUCCGUGACAAUUCUGCUGGAUCAGUUCAUAGCCCCGGUGAGAAUGGUCCAAUGCAGACUUCAUCCUCUAUCGUAUUGGCCACAGCUUCGUCUGGUUCAUCCACAUCUAGCGCGUCUGCGCAUAACUCAUUCAAACCGAAAAAGAAUUGGCUUGCCCAAUACGACUGGAGACAGGACGCUAGAGAUGUGUGCACACUGAGUCCUACGACUCCAAAUGGUCUUCUUCCCGAUGGUCUUGAUUCAGCCGGAUCCUCACCAGCCUCCAUUGGACGAGAUGUUUCCGACAUGGCAACGACUCCAAACCAUGGCUCUCAACGCGGGAUUUCCAGUCCAAUACGUUUCUUACAAAACAAACCACGUAACAACGGGACUGGUGAGCACGAAGUCUCGGUACAGACUGUGGAGAGUGUCGGUCUGAGCACAGACGAUCAUCCAUUUGUGGAGCGUAAGACACGACAUUCUGCGGAGAUUCAGACUGAUGCGCAACUGAUCCACAACUUGUCUAUCAACCAGGAAAUUCAACCGGAUGAGAAUUCGCAGCAUUCCGUCAGCGAACCGUUCACAGAGGACACGAGACCGAGGAAAAUUUUACUGUUGGAAAAAAACGGUCAGGAUGGAGCCUAUACGCAAUCAGUGGUCGAUCAAACCAAAUACGGGGAAUGUUCCACCCAAACCGGUUAUCAUCCGCAACCGAUACAGUCCAAACGUUCCGGGAAAACACUUCGGAAAGAUUUGGCUCUCUCCCCGAUUUUUCACGACCACGGUAACAAUGGAGGAACUGCGGUCUUUGCUAAGUCCAGCAGUAAUGAACAAUCUUUGGAGGAUCCGUCCGAUCGCGUCUCACCGAAACCGGUUGACGGUCAAAGUUUACUGACGCAAUCCCAACAGAACAAUUGUGAACCCGGUACCGGUUCAAAUUGUAACGCACACAGCGAAAAAUACUGUUCCCAUUGGGGUUUAUCUAACUCCUGUUCCCCAUCACCAGCCCAUCAGGAUGGCUCAGCUACUUCAGCUGUCACACCGGUAUCCGGUACUACCUCCGGUUUCUUCACGGGAUCCACAUACAGUUUGGACUCCUCCUUGGGCACCGCGCAUACAAUGCCGUUUGAUGCACGAGAAGUGGACAGUGGAAUUGAUUUGAAGUCUGUCUCGGAAGAGCGUAAUUUCCCGGAGCACGAAUCCAGACCAGAUUCGGACGAGAUGAGCGGGAACCAGAACGGAACAGACCUGCCCGGUUGUGCAUGGGGUAUGCGAAAGCGUGCCUCAUCCGAGGCGAGUCCCUGGUCCACACUGAAGCGAUCCAGAUCGGUACUAACCUCACCUUUGCCCGGUCGUGCAACGUGUGCUUCGUGUUCAUCUAGCUCGGCAGAAUUACUGCUAGAUGCACACGGGGACGAGGCAAUGAGCACCGCCACCAGUCGAUUGCGACGUAUGGAAGGGGGAUCUCAUUGUCGUUGUUGUGAAGGCCAGAAUCGCUCACUUACUCCGGAAUUGAACGGACCAUCCACCAAACCCGGACGCGAUCGACUGCUAAUUCAGCCAAGACAAAAUUCCGACCCGGUGGGAACACAACUUUAUGAGAACAAUAAUAAUGAUGAUGAUGAUAAUGAAGAGGAUGCGGAUGAACGAGCCAAAAGUAUGCCCAAUCCGCUGCCCAUGAUUUAUCCACUGUGUAAAACCACAAAUUUGUCGUCUGAUCGUAAGCCAUCCAGUGAGCCUCCAAGUUCUACAAAUAGGCGCUCAGGAACAAAGACCAUAGGUCGAUCUUUAUCCGAUGCGGCUGCUCUACCAAUUCUACAUUUGACCAACGAAAAAGAGGUUUUUGUAUUACGAUGA